GGCAACGCUUCCGGGGUGUGGCGUCACGCCGCGGGGCACGCCGGGAAGGUGGCGGAGCCGUCGCCAUAGCGACGCGGCACAGUGACUACCGGAGUCAGGCCCACCGCCUCCCGCUGCCCCGGCGAUGGCUGCUGCCCCGGUCCCCGCCGCGCCGGUCCCCCUCAUCCCGGCCCCCCUCACGGGCCUUUCCUUCCUGCGGGCCUCCCAUGUCCGGCUGGGGACUGAGGGCCGGGCGCCGGGGAGCGCCCGUCGGCCAUUUUCUCACAGCCAGUUCCCCCCGUUCUGGGGGAUUUACAGGUCGGCUCCGGCCCCGCCGCCCCGCAGCGGGCGGGUGCUGAGCCUGGCUGGGGCUGACGGUGGGGAAACCUGCUCGGAAACUCGCCUGGCGUUUCCAGAGAGGCCCCUGCAGCCAGCGGCCCCCGUUGUUCCGCCGGAGUCCCGCUUCCGCAUGCACGCAGACCCCCGCAUCCGCGUCCUCACCUCGGUGACAAGGGAGAGCUUCCCCUGUCCCCACACCCCCAUGCAGAGACCCCCCGUGCCCACGGCCGAGAAAUGGAAGGAUAGUGUUCCUUGUGGAGACAAAGAGAAAAUAAGGCUCCCUCCAUCAGUCUACACCUUCUCAUACCCAGCACAUGAGAUCCGGCCCGCUGCCAGGCCGUGGCCCUCGCGCAGGGGAUGUGUUCCCACUAUUAAAGGGGAUGGACAGUCCUAUUACAACACUUCUUAUCAAGCACAGUUUAAGGGUGAAUGGACCCCACCUGUGAAGCCAAGUGAAAAGCACAUGUCUCCUAUUAAAUUUGGGGAUCCCAGAAGCAGUGGAUCUGUGAGUGAGCAGAAACGUGCCUACGUUGCCCCAGACAAGAGGACACACAGAGCCUACGACAAGGAACGUGCUGCCUCCCAGAUCCACCACACGAACCUGCAGCUGGGAGAUGGUUGCACCAGAUUCUCCACGUCGACGUCAGAGCUCUUCCCAGUACACGAUCUAGAGCCUGUAAUUACUGCCCGUCCAAACAAAUAUGCUUCAUCCAUCCCCAGAGGCGAUGAAGACCCUGAGAGAAACCAAGCGUUGGCAAGAACUACUACUACACAGCUCUUCCACCCAGAGACUGACAGGUGGAACCUCGCACCGAAGCCUGACCUGCAACUGCAGAAGCAUCGAAGCAACGUCUGCUUGGGAGAUGAGCAUUCAGGCUCCUGUUUCUUCAGUACAACGCAGCAGUCAGACUAUCAGCCGCCCUGCCAGGGCCAGAGGGUGACGGCAGACAGCAAGAGCCACCGCGAGAGCCACAUCCCCUUCAACUACCACACAGAUGAAAGUUCUGUCACAACCACGCAGGCCAUGCUGGUCCCACACAGACAGCAGAAACAACGACUAUCCAAAGACAUGCUACAGCAGAUCAAAUGCUCACACCUGGUGCUACCCUGGAGGGCACAGGACCUCUUCAGGACUGAGCAGAAAGAUGAGUUCACGCCCAAGUCCAGAGACCCAGCAGAAAUCCAAAAGGUAAACUCCCAAGAGAGCUGCGUCCCCCUGGGCACCCUGAAAAGAUACUGUCCCCAGAGGAAGGUGCUCUUUGCACCAUGAUGUUCUCCCUUCUUCGGUGACCGCCCAGAACCUGCUGCGCUGCGGACUGCCUACACAUCGUGUAACCUGUUAGCCGUUGUGGUGCCCUGCUCUUGGCCUGGCUGGGUGCUAUUACAGGGAACAUUUAUUUCCCAAGUUGAAUGAGGACACGAGAAGGUGUUGUGACAGCAAGAAUAAACACUGGGAGAUUAGCUGAAAGAUGUGGGUGACAUGUCUCCCUGGAUUGCAAGACCCACUGAGUGCCUCUAGGCAGGUGCUGGGGCAGGACGAAGCAGGUGGGGUAGGGGGAAGCUCAGAGAGGGGCAAGAGAUCAGAAGCAAAGUGAGAGGCACUGUCAGGACUGUGUGUGGGCUGGAACAUUGCCUUAUUUUGUGUUUGGAUUUUGGUGUCAAGGCCUGAAACCAAAGGUCAGUGAACAGUAGGGCAGAGAGGUAGCCCUCCCCAGCUUAUGAUGAGUGGGCUGUUUUCCUAGAGGUGAGCCGUGUAUUUUUGUUGAGCUGAUAACUCAUGGGGGUUUCCUGAAUGCUGAGCUUGCACUAUCUCUGUUUGGAAUAUAGGUAUUUUAAAGAGGGAUCAGUGUGGGCCGGCCAGCCCACACCCUUGGGAGGCCGAGUGAGCUGGGUCAGCUGCCGCCUUCUCACAGCUGCUGCUUCACAAGCUCUUCUCAGCCUUUUGACGCAGAUGGGCUCGAUUCACCUGUGUUGUGAGCCAGCACCAGACCAUUUGAGCCCGGGUUACUGCACCAUUUCCAAGUGCUGCAGUUCGCAUGUGAGCAGUGGCUGGGCACAUGAGCCUCCGUGCAUUCCUCUUGGGAUUUGACUCUGUGUCUCCUGGGAAAGGGACAGUCUUUGCUCCACACCUACUUCAAAGAAGCCACGUACUCAAGUCUUGCAAAUGCACACAGGCACCUCACAUCAGUAUCUGUCAUGGUUUUAGCUGGGAUAGAGUAUCUUAUGCCGGUACGUUGCAAACACCUUGGUUCAAACACCUAGAUUGCAUCAUUUGGUGUAGAAACAGGGACUUGCAUCUGCUACCAGUCUCCCCCGUUACUUUUAUGUGACCCAGAGGUGACAUUGCCACCUGUGCUACCGCAAAAACAGCCACAGUUCUCUGGGGAGAAAUGGGGAACAUCACCCUUUUGGUGGAACCAGCUGGCUGGGGACCUGUUGCUGGGAAGACCCUGUGGUUAUGUAUUCACU